GAUGACAACCCCAGCUCAGUUUCAUUUUUACCACUUGGGUGUGAUUCAGAUUUUAAAUACAGGUGCAUUCUGGUUAUUUGGCAGCAAGUCAGUAGCAGAGGGAACUGGUUACUAUAUUCCACAUUUUUCUUUUGUUGUCUUAAUCCCUGAAGUGUGAGAUCCUCAAGUAAAAUGUGUAACAUGCUUGUUUUUGAGCUGCUAAGUCAAACACAUAUAAUACAUAAUGCUACAUGGCUAAAGAGAGGCCUUGGUUGUGUUGUUAAACAUGGUACUUGAGACCAUAAGAAAUUUAAAUAUAGAAAUGAGAGGAAGCCAUUCAUCCCAUCAAGCUUGCUUGGGGAGAACUCAACUAAUAGCUUAAAAUUGUUAAAAUCUUAUCUAGUUCAGAUUUAAAGGGACCCAGGGUUUUAGCUUGCACUACACUAACAGGAAAACUAUUCCAUACUCUAACUACACACUGUUUAAAGAAGUGCUUUCUCUAAUCCAGUUUAAAGUACUGUAGAAAUGGACAGUAACAGGUGUCAACUUAAACAGACCAAGUAACCAUGCACAAAAGUGUAGUUACUACUUGUAUAGUGAUGCACACAGAGGUGACCUCAGCCUGUUCUUUUCAUCUAGCUCUAUAUGCUGUAAAAGUGACACCCUCCAAAAGCCCUGUGCGUGCUGGAGACAACAUCACAUUGAUUCUGUCUCCUUCAACAAGUAUGAAAAAUGGAUUCUACACUCUCAAUGGUUUUGGGAUUUUGAUGUGGUCUGAGAAAAAACAACAAACAGCCGGUGCGUUUACUGGCCGGGCCUCCAUCAACACCAGCAGUGGGAUCCUGUCUCUCUUCUCCAUGACCGUUGCUGAUUCAGGAUUGUAUGUCAUACAGAGUUUCCCUCCUAUUGGCUUUUCAGCUAAUACCACAUUAACAGUCUUGGAACCAAUAUCGAUUGUGACAAUAAGAGUUAAUUCCACUGAUCAAGUGGAGUUCAAUGACUCUGUCAGUCUGACAUGUUCCACCUCCGGCUCCUCUCCUUCUUAUCAUUGGCUCAACGGCAGCUCUGACAUCAUAGUCGGUGAACGAGUUCAUCUGAGUUCUGACAAUCAAACUCUCACCAUAUCCAGCAUUCUAACUUCUGACAGGGGGCCCUUCUAUUGCUUUGUGACCAACGCAAUUAGUAAUGGCACAAGUUCUCCUUUAUAUCUUAAUAUUAGCUAUGGUCCAGAAAACCUUAUCUUAAAAAUCAACGGGUCAGAUAAGGAGCUCUUCUACAUAGGAUCGAACCUUACCCUGUCCUGCUCAGCUCAGUCCAGCCCUCCUGCACUAUUUCAAUGGGAUUUUCACAUGGCUACAUUCAUAAAUGGACCAGAACUCAGGCUGGACAAUGUACAGGAGAGGCAGAGUGGAAAUUACACUUGUCUGGCUCAUAAUGCCAGAACUCUGCGAUACAUCAGCAAGACCGUUCCAAUAAUUAUAACAGUGGGCAAUACCCCGUGGCCACCAUCAACGUCUUUGGGCCAUUAAUAAAAGCUUCAGCCCCAAAGGCUUGAGAGAACACUGAUAGCUCCUAAGGCACUGUACUGCCCACAGGUAUAGAGUUUAUGCAACAUAACACAUGCUAUUCACGAUACUGGACAAAAAUAAAAACAGCCUUCAUUUGUUCACACUUGGUCACAGGAUACAUUUUCAGAUAGGGUUUGGAGUCACAUGGUUCUGUGUACUACAGCAUUGAGAGCUUAUCCUCAGCCUUCAUCUAGUCAUUUAAAUUAGUAAAAAGUUAACCUUUGAGGCCGAAAGGAGAGCCUUGCUCAGUCUAGUGGUUCCAUCUUGUUUCCUCAGGGCCACGUGCAUCAGCGUCAGAGCAUGAGGGACUCAGCACUGGGCUUCUCCUCAGCCUGCUUAUCGCUUCAGUGACUCUGUGACCUCCUUCGUGACAGCGACUCUCACCCAAUGGUGGCCUUAUAUGUGUGCAGAUAUUGUAACGUACCAAGCUUAUAUUAGAGGCCUAUAUUUACACAACACCAACUUUACAUGUAUAUAACACCAACUUUACUUUGCAUAUGUAUUUUAAACACACUUCAACUAUUUAGGCUUUAAAUGCAAAUCCAAAUAUUUUGUACCAAUGUUUAUCCUAUGUAAGUACACAUGAACACAAAUACAGUAUUCCAAAUGAUAGCAUGACUGAGCAUAUUUUUCCAAUCCUGAUUUAAUGCAUGUUUUCCUAACAAAUUUACAAAUCUUACUGUUUUUAACAGAUGUUAAUAAUAUUUUUAAAACAAUCAUCUCUUUGUUUAAUCUUGUUCCACUGUAAACUGUACUGCCAAAUUUGUCAUUAAAAUUAUCAUUUGAUAAAUUUUGAUAGAUCCUUCUAUUGUUAAAAAACAAAAUGUAACAAUGUAUUCAAACUGAUGUAAGUGAAGAUUCUUGACAAUAAACAAUAUGAUCUUUUAAUAUGCAUCCUUUUCAUCGCCCCCACCCCCAAACAAACUGGGUAGCCCAGACUCAGUGCUUCACAAAACUGACAUAACCUUAGCUCUGCUAGGGUAACAUUGUCCAAAUACAAUGCAAAUUUUCCAAGUACAACAUAUAAACUGAGAUCUUCCUCAUUCUGCAGGGUGUGUACUACCACUUACUAUAUACACUUCCAUUACAUGUCAAGGUACUAAACAGCAAAAGAGUUAUUUUUUAGGCAUAACAUAUGUCCAUCCAUCCAUCCAUCCAUCAUCCUCCGCUUAUCCAAGGUCAGGUCACGGGGGCAGUAGUCUCAGUAGGGAAACCCAGACUUCCCUCUCUACGGCCACUCCAUCCAGCUCCUCCGGGGGAAUCCCUAGGCGUUCCCAGGCCAGCCGAGAGACAUAGUCCCUCCAGCGUGUCCUGGGACUUCCCUGGGGCCUCCUCCCAGUGGGACAUACCCAGAACACCUCACCAGGGAGGCGUCCAGGAGGCAUCCUAAGCAGAUGCCCGAGCCACCUCAUCUGGCUCCUCUCAAUGUGGAGGAGCAGUGGCUCUACUCUGAGUCUCUCCCAAAUGACCAAACUCCUCACCCUAUCUCUAAGGGAGAGUCCAGCAACUCUGCGGAGAAAACUCAUUUUGGCCGCUUGCACUCGCGAUCUUGUUCUUUCGGUCACUACCCAUAGCUCAUGACCAUAGGUGAGGGUAGGAACGUAGAUCAACUGGUAAAUUGAGAGUUUUACCUCGAGGAGGAGAAGGACCCCCUUCUCGACCUGGAGAGAGCAUCCUACCCUGAGGACUAUGGUCUCCGAUUUGGAGGUGCUGAUUCUCAUCCCAGCCGAUUCACACUCAGCUGCGAACUGUCCCAUUGAGAGCUGAAGGUCACGGUCUGAUGGAACAGAACCAUAUCAUCUGUAAAAAGCAGAGACCUAAUCCUGAGGUCACCAAACGGGACACCCUUAACGCCCUCGCUGCGCCUAGAAAUUUAUCCAUAAAAGCUAAGAACAGAAUCGGUCACAAAGGGCAGCCCUGAUGGAAUCAAAUGCUCAUCGGAAAUGAGUCCAACUUAUUGCUGCCAAUGCGGACCAAGCUCUGACACCGGUCAUACAGGGACCAAACACCCCUUAUAAGGAAGCCCGGCACCCCAUA